UAUGACGCAGCGUAAGUGAGCGCAUGAGAUGAAAACACCACUGCAAAGAGGAUCUUCACAUUAAAUGGCCACCGAUUUGGCCGAUAAACCUGCUGUGCAGGAGAGCAGCCAUAAAUGUGCAAACAGUGAAAAUGAAUCUGCAAAGGAUGAAAAUGAGACCGUACAGACUGGAGAAACUGAAACACUGUCUAAAAGACAAAAGAAGAGACUUCUCAAGAACUUCGCAAGUAAGCUGUGUAAAGCUUUAAUUGUUCCUUGUUUUAUGAAAAGGCAGAAGCGUAAAGAGAGAAAACAACAGAGGAAACUGGAGAGACAAGCACAGGCUGAAGAUGGAGCGGAGUGGACAGCAAAGAAGCGUUUGCGCAGGUCGCCAGAGCCCAGCUCUCUCAGGCUGGUCAUAGACUGCAGCUUUGAUAACCUCAUGUUGCUCAAGGAUGUAAAGAAACUUCACAAGCAGAUUCAGAGGUGCUAUGCUGAAAACAGACGCACACUACAUCCUGUACAGUUUUACCUCACAAGUCAUGGCGGUCAGUUAAAGCAAGUCAUGGACGAAAUUAACAAAGGCUGGGUCAACUGGAAGGAUGUCCAUUUCAGGCCUGAUGCAUUUCAUGAAAUCCUGAAGGAGGAGGACCUGGUCUACCUCACCUCGGAUUCACCCCAUGUGCUGCAAGAACUGGAUGAGGCCAAAGCCUAUGUUAUUGGAGGUCUGGUGGACCACAACCACCAUAAGGGAAUCACAUUUGAUCGAGCCCAAGAGCUGGGUAUUGCUCAUGCUCAGCUUCCGCUGGGCAGUUUUGUCAAGAUGAAUAGCCGCAAGGUGCUGGCUGUCAAUCACGUUUUUGAAAUCAUUCUAGCAUUCCUGGAGAAACGAGACUGGCAGGAUGCCUUCUUUACCGUCCUGGCACAGAGGAAGGGAGCUGUGCCAGUGGGCCAAGAGAACAAGCUCGGAGAGGGCAAUGACGAGGAAGACUCUGAUGAAGACUCAGACACAGAACACCUAAUCUCAGAAAAGAGUACGGACUCUAAGGACCAUUUAGGAAGCAAAGAGGAAGAACACAAACCAGAUUCCAGUGAGCAAAACGCAGCGUAGAGAUGUUUAAUAUUUAAGCUGUUUCAUCUUUUAGGCAUUUAUUUAAAUUGGUUGUGUUCUGAUUUCUCAGUUUGAAAUGCUUCAUGCAGAGGUUUGUAUUUGAAGGUGUUUUUGUUGAAACAAAUGUGAUGAAAAAAAAAAAA